AUGUCCUCUCUUUUCAAGAGCCGCUAUGGUUUGACUGAGAUCCAAAUUGGUCUGACCUUCAUCGCCAAUGGUGUGGGAUCGAUGGUUGGAACGCUAGUGACAGGCAGAAUUCUUGAUGCCGACUACCGCCGCGUCAAGGCCAAGUAUGAGGCUUCAUUGGACACCGAACAAGGAGAUCAGGCCCACCAAAUGAGUCAGGAGGAGGACUUUCCUUUGGAGAGCGCCCGCCUUCGACUUGUGCCCAUCUUCUCCGUUCUGCAAUGCUUCUCUAUCAUUCUCUUCGGAUGGACCAUCCAGUAUCCCCACAAGGUGCAUAUUGCAGUACCUAUCGUGUCAACCUUUAUCACAGGAUGGACGGCUGUAUCCACACAGUCUCUCAUCAUGACCUACCUAGUCGACAUUUUCCCUGACAGAAGUGCGGCGGCCAGCGCUAGUAUGAACCUUGCGAGAUGUCUGUUCGCUGCUGGUGGCACGAGUUUUAUCAUGCCCAUGAUCGACGGUGUUGGGGUUGGUGUGGCGUUCACAAUUUGUGUCGCCGUACAGCUUGUAGCGUUGAUCGGUCCUCUUAUUCAGUGGAAAUUUGCUGCUGGGUGGCGGAAGAAGGAGGGGGAGGAAGCCAGAGUAAAGGCUGAAAUGACGGGCUAA